UCGGCAUCUGCGCAAAUCGGCAGCUGCGACUCCGGCGCGGCGGGAGGCUGCCGCUGCGAUAGACGAACGCAUGGCGCCGCUCCGCAUCAGACACGUCGUGUCGUUCACCUCCCAGGACCCCGACCACCCAGCACAGGGGCUGCUGGCGGGCGAGCGUUGGCUCUGCGAUCCGUCCGACCGCAGUGGCCUCAUGCGCGCAGAGCUGCAGCUGGAGCUGGCCAGUCUCAUCGCCUACAUCGACAUCGGGACAGUCGGCGUGGGCCUUCUGCAGGUGGAGGUGGGCCGCUCCUCAUGGGCCCAAGACACUGCGUUCCUCACUCUUCUCCCCACAACCGUUCUGCUGUCGGCAGCACAGUCCAAGGCCAAACACAAUGAAACGUCGGUGCGCAUGUUCAACUCGGAAAACUUCACAAGGGAGGUGAUGGCGGAGCGGUGGGACCGCGUGCGGGUCACUUGCACUCAACCCUUCCACAAGUCCAAUCCCUUUGGAGUCACGUUCAUCAGCUUUCGCACAUCUGGAGACUCGGACCAGGUCACUGAGCUGGUACAGCCUUCAUGUCCUGCAACACCAAGACAGGUGAUUGAGUCGGUGAAAACAAAAGACUGUGAGGAUAGAGUAUCCUCUAAACCAUGGCUCGCCCUCCCAGCCAUCCGUCGCACUUUCUUCACACCAACAGAGAGGAAUGAAAGAGUAGAAAAGCUGAAAGAGAGGCUGAGUCGACUAGCCCCCAAAUCCAAGAGUGGCUGUGUGGACGAGAAAGCCCUUCCCAGGACGGCACGGCUGCUCCUCACGGCAGCUGCCCACUACUCGGCCACCGACGGCAGCCUUCCUCCCAUCAAAGCCAACAGCCACGCUGCCCAGAGCAGCAGUUCGCCUAUUGGAGAAUCCACGAGUAGAGACCUCUCUGUCCGGAGAUUGGCCACCACUGCUCGCACGCCCCCUGCUGUUGAAUGCGGCGUCCAGCAAGCUACAGGUACCAGAGUUGCUGCUGUUCGCAGGGCUGCGGUUCAGACGCCUUCGGUUGUGUCGGGAAAAAAACGUCGAACAGAGGCCCAAGCGGCUGGGGCUGCCUCACCAGUUCACAUGGCCACAUGCACCCAGGCCCCACACGCCACCAGGGCUGUGAAGAGCUCCAUAAAAUGUCCCAGUCCAGCAAGUAGUAAGGUCUGGCAGGGGGGCUUCUCGGUAGGUGCUGCGGUGACGCGCCUUCCUGUGGAGGCUCAUAGGAACGUGAGAGCUGGCCCAGAUCCAAACCACACGCGAGCUUGCCCCAUGUGCAGUGGUUUGUUCAACAUGGAGCAGCUCCUGGUCCACGCAGCCACUUGUGGAGAUGAAUUACAACAGGUGCAGGGACCUGGACGGGCACACCCCGGGCACCCCCAGCAGGAAACAUGGCCCCACCUCAUCUACACAACCUCCAGCACGUCCUUCCUCGUAUCUGACACAGACGACGCACACGAGCGUCCACUCAGUGACGGCAUUUACACCGACCGUGACACAGUGAUACUCAGUGACUCAGAAGGAGAUGAUGGAGACGUGCAGGUCCUGUGGGACCUCUCAGAUGACAGCGGACUGGUGGUCGACGACAACGAUGAUGACGACGAUGUUCCUCGCCAACGUGAAAUGUUCGUGUCCUCAAUCACCUGUCCCAUCUGCAGGAAGGAGUUUCCACCCAGAAUAAUAGAGCAGCACGCCAGCCAGUGUGGCGAAGACCCUGACAGGUCCAAUUCCCGUUGACAUGUCCCUUGCUUCAUUCUGGUGUAAUAAAACAACCUGUUCCUUGCAGGUAUGUACAAGCACUGCCUGUUUCGUGUUCCAGCAAUGGUUUACAGCCUCUGAGCUGA